AUGACCUUGCUGGGCAAUGGGGCUAUUAUCUGUGUUGCGUGGUGGGACCAGAAAGUCCAUACUCCCAUGUAUAUCUUAUUGGCCAACUUCUGUUUCCUGGAGAUCUGCUACAUCAGUUCCAAUGUGCCCAACAUGUUGCUCAACUUCCUCUCCAAGACCAAAACCAUCUCCUAUAAUGGCUGUAUCCUCCAGUUCUACAUCUUCCUCUCUCUUUGUGCCACAGAGCUAUUCUUUCUGAGCCUCAUGGCAUUUGAUAGGUAUGUUGCCAUCUGCUGUCCACUACACUAUCCCAUCAUAAUGACCAAGAAAGUCUAUGGAAGCCUUGUUGCUGCCUGCUGGGUGGGUGGCUUCCUCUGGUUACUGACACCUGCCACUCUUAUCUCCCAAGUUCCAUUUUGUAGUUCAAAUAUGAUUGAUCACUACCUGUGUGAUCUGGGGGCAAUGCUGGCCAUCUCAUGUGUUCCUGUUCCCAAAACAACUUUGACUUGUAGCAUUUUCAGUGUUGUGAUCCUGUUCAUCACUUUGUUCUUCAUCCUUUUGUCCUACACUCUGGUCCUUCGAACUGUGCUUCAGCUUCCCAAAGGUUCAGGUAGCAAGAAGGCCUUUUUCACUUGUGCUUCCCACCUGGUUGUGGUGUCCCUAUUUUAUGGCUCAAUCAUUGUGAUGUAUGUAACCCUAGGAGCAGCCAACCAGCCCGGGAUGCAGAAGUUCGUGACCAUGUUCUAUUCGAUUGCUACUCCACUUUUAAACCCUCUGAUCUACAGCCUCCGGAAUAAAGAGAUGAAACUUGCCCUGAGGAAAGCUCUAUGUAAAAUUUAA